AUGGCAAUUGCACUUUUGGCAGAUACCUAUUCCCUACGCGAAACUAAAGUACAAGAAAAUGGAAAAGUUUCACUUACCGACUCUGAUCCUUCGCAAUUCCGUGAGUUUUUCAACAUUGCGGAGUAUGAAAUAAAACAGCAGCAACCACUGCGUCUAAAAAAGAAAUUCUAUGAAUUUUAUACAGCACCCAUCACAAAGUUUUGGGCUGAUUCGAUUGCUUAUAUGUUUUUUCUGAUAAUGUUUACAUUUACCGUCCUGGUUAAAAUGGGUCCAUUCCCACGCUGGCAGGAAUUUUAUUCGAUUGCUUAUAUCACAGCGUUGGGAUUUGAGAAAAUUAGGGAAAUCAUUUCAUCAGAACCUGUCGCAAUUACGCAUAAAUUUUCCGUGUGGGCUUGGAAUAUGUGGAAUCCGUGUGAUGGUGCAGCAAUUAUAUUAUUUCUGAUUGGACUUUCAUUUCGUUUCCGUCCCAAUACGAUGGAUGUCGGACGUGUUAUUUACUGUGUCGACAGUAUUUAUUGGUACCUGCGGUUGUUAAAUAUAUUGGGUGUAAAUAAAUAUUUGGGUCCAUUGGUUACCAUGAUGGGAAAGAUGGUUAAGAACAUGAUUUAUUUUGUGGUACUUUUGGCUGUGGUGCUAAUGAGCUUUGGUGUUAGUCGGCAGGCCAUUUUGAAUCCGAACAACGAACCAACAUGGCGAUUGAUUAAGGAUGUUUAUUAUCAACCAUAUUUUAUGUUGUAUGGUGAAGUUUUUGCUGAUGACAUAGAUCCACCCUGCGGAGAAGAUCCAAGGCAACCACCAUGUGUCACUGGUCAUUGGGUUACACCUAUAACAAUGUCAAUGUAUCUGUUGAUUGCUAACAUUUUACUCAUAAAUCUGUUAAUUGCUGUUUUCAAUAAUAUUUUCAACGAAGUCAACUCGGUUUCACAUCAGGUUUGGAUGUUUCAGCGUUUCACGGUUGUCAUGGAGUAUCAACAAAAGCCAGUAUUACCGCCGCCAUUCAUAGCAUUUUGUCAUUUUUAUUCACUGCUUAAGUACUGUGUUCGCAAAGCCAAAGGAUUGGAGGUACAACGCGAUAAUGGACUUAAAUUGUUUCUCGAAAAGGAUGACCUGGAGCGUUUAUAUGAUUUCGAGGAGGAAUGCGUUGAAGGAUUCUUUCACGAACAGGAAAUUAUAUUAAAUCAAUCAACAGAUGAACGUGUUAAAAACACAACUGAACGUGUUGAAGUUAUGACACAAAAAAUAGAAGAUAUAAAUCAAAAAGAGAAUGCACAAACAGCUACAGUUCAGAGCAUCGAAUUUCGCUUGCGUAAGAUGGAAGAAUCGUCAGAACAGAUACUAUCACACUUGGCCGUCAUACAUAGAUUUAUGGCAAUGCAUAUCACUGGCCAGGAUGAUGUGCACCUAUCCAACAUGAAUAUUCCAGUCGAUUUGCAACGUGUGCGCACGAUUUCCGUAUCAGAUAACGAAACUAAUGCAACACAUAAUUUGCAGGUAACUAAUCGUCGACGUUUUAACCGUUCAUUAACUGAGGUACGUCCUGAUGCGUACAUCUUCGACGAAGGAACACAUUUUGAGGUGGUGCCAGUGCCAGAGGAAACAGAUGAAAUGGUAAAAUCACGUGAAGCAUUAAACGAACCGGUUGUGCGUAAAAUUUCUAUGCAAUCUGAAUCUGACUCCGAUAUGUUUCUACCUCUAUCUCAACGUCCCUCCACCUGUGAGACUAUUAAACGUACACCAUAUGUUACUGUGCGACAGGAUACAGGCGCUAGUACCGAAAGUAAAGAUACUUUGACACCAUUAGGUAAUGAUGAUGAACAAACUUUAGUAGGUGAGAACUCUGACGAAACAGCACCUGACAUCAAUUUUGAAGCUGCCAAACACCGUGCUAUGCGUCAACGUACAGUUUCACUUUGUCGUCGCAAUUCGGAAACUUGUUCAAUUACUGCAGAUAUUGCACGCUCUCACAUAAGCCUUAAUCAAUUGCCACUCACACGUCGACAAAUGAGUUUGACACAAUCUGAGCCUGAAAGCGAUAAGGAGCAAGCAACUGGCAAAACAGUACUGCAUGCGAAACCUUCCAGAAAUAUACUACUGAGGCUUCAUACAGAAUACACAUCCAUUACGGAUGAACUGGAGAGUGUGUGUCAUAUGAUAGCAUCGCCAACAGCAUCACUUCAGAGCAAUAAAGUUUCUACUUUCCCUAGUGUGGCAUAA